AUGAACAGAAAUAAUUUCACUUGCAACUUCUGUUCUAAAGUCACAAAGGGAGGUGCAAGUCGUAUGAAAGAGCACCUUGCUGGAGGUUUUACAAAUGUUCUUGCAUGCCAAAAAUGUCCGGAUCAUAUUCGAAAAGAGGCCAGGGAUUAUAUGAAACAGAAACAACAAAUGAAGGAGAGCAUUCAAAUGGUAUCAAGGAUGCAAGACUUUGAUGAUUAUCAUGGAGACGAAGAAGAGGAAGAUUGUGUUGAAGUAACAGGAAAAAGGGGUGAAGGUAGCAGCAAGCAACCACCCAGAAAGAAACCAAAACAAAAAAGGCCGAUAGAUAUGUUUUUCACUCCAAAACUUGAAGAUGCACUUAAAGGUAGAAAAGAUGGGAAAGGAGGGAAACAACAAACUAUAAAUGACGUGUGUCGGAAAGAACUACGGGCUAAAGCAUGCAGGGAAAUAGCAAAAUGGUUUUAUGAUGCAGCCAUUCCUUUCAAUGUUGCAACAUAUGACAGUUUUCAUAUCAUGGUCGAAGCAAUUGGACAGUUUGGUCCUGGGAUGAAUCCCCCAAGCAUGUAUGAGUUAAGGGUUCCCUUGUUGAAAAAAGAAGUAGCCACAAUUCAAGAAAAAAUGGUAGACCACAAGACCGAGUGGGCUCAAAAAGAGGUGGGAGAGUCCAAUGUUAUACAAGUGAUCACAGAUAACGCAUCUGCUUAUGUUAAAGCAGUGCAGUUACUGGAAGCCAAAAGACCACACCUCUACUGGACUCCAUGUGCGGCACAUUGUACUGAUCUUAUGUUAGAGGACAUUGGAAAGAACAUCCUUCAAGUGAAAAGUUCUUUGAAGAAAUGUAUGUUGGCAAAUGGGUACAUAUAUACCCAUGUUGCUAUUGUUAAUAUGAUGAGGAACUUUACCAAUCAAAGAAACUUGCAUAGACCAGCUAUAACCAGGUUUGCAACAUCAUUCAUCACCCUGUCACAAUUUCACAAGCAAAAAGACAACUUAAGAAAAAUGGUUUUGUCAAAAGAGUGGAAUAAAAGCAAGUGGGCCAACGAUGCAACAACAAUCAAGAUUAAAGGAUAUUUCAUAUCAGACACAUUUUGGAGAAAUAUUUUGUAUUCUCUUAAGUCGACAGGACCGCUUGUUAAGGUCCUUAGAAUGGUGGACGGGGAGAAAAAGCCAGCUAUGGGUUAUAUUUAUGAGGCAAUGGACCGAGCCAAGGAGACUAUCUCAAAAUCCUUUCUCUACAAAGAAAAGGAGUAUGAGAAAGCUUUUAAGUUUAUUGAUGACAGGUGGCAAUGUCAACUUCAUCGCCCCUUGCAUGCAGCUGGACAUUACCUAAAUCCAGAAAUCUUUUAUGCUAACCAAGCUGGCACAUCUUGUGAAGAAGUUAUGACCGGAUUAUAUGCAUGCAUCGAGCGAUUGGUACCAGAUUUGAGUAUCCAAGACAAGAUUAUGGAAGAAUUAUCUUUAUAUCAAAGUGCUCAAGGUUUAUUUGGUUUUCCAAUGGCAAUAAGACAAAGAAAGUCAAAAGCACCUGCUGAGUGGUGGAUAUCUUUUGGGUCUUCAGCCCCUAACUUGCAAAACUUUGUUGUACCAGUCCUUAGCCUCACAUGUAGCGCUACAAGGUGUGAGAGAAACUGGGGAGUCUUUCAACACCUUUACACCAAAAAACGGAAUAGAUUGGCACAAAGUAGACUAAAUGAUAUGGUCUAUGUGAAAUUCAACCGUUCCUUGAAUCGUCGAUCCAAAAGAAAUGACAAGGCUGAUCCUAUCCUUCUAAAUGAAAUAGAUGAGAGCAAUGAGUGGUUGUUGGGAACAAUGGAGCAGAAUGGAGCUGAUAAUAUAGUGUUUGAGGGUGAGGAUUUGACUUGGGAUGUUGUAGAAGAUGCAGCUGGGGUUAAUGAGCCUAUCUAUUCAACAAGAGGAGCUUUAAAAGAUAAAGGAGUUGCUGGAAGUAGUAGUAGUAGGCCACCUGCACAGGAUAAAGGUGUUGCUGGAAAUGGUAGGCCACCUGUAUGUAGUAGAAAGUCACCUUAUACACUACCACCUGAACCUAGUAGACUUGUGUUGGUGGAUGAAGAGAUAGAAGAAGAUAUUGGAUUGUCUUGUGACGAGGUCGAGGAGGUAGAUUGUGAGCUCGGGUUUGAUGAGGAUUGA